AUGUCAAUAUCACUACCGACACCUAACAUAGCACAUCUCACAGAGGAAGACUACGAGCAUGUGUAUGAGCCUGCUGAGGACUCGUUCAUCCUUCUCGAUGCUCUAGAACUGGAUGCUCAGCUUAUAAGGGAUGAUCAACCUUCGUUAUGCGUCGAGAUAGGGUCAGGAUCAGGGAUAGCAUCUACCUUCUUAUCUCAAUUGGUAGGACCAAGUUCAAGUUUGGUCAUUUCAACAGAUAUAAACAGAUACGCGUGCGAAGUAACACUCGGAACGGCUCAAGCUAAUGAGAUAUCACUCAAUCCUAUCUUAUGCCAUCUUCUCGACCCUUUACUACACCGACUGAAAAAUAAUAUCGAUAUAUUAGUGUUUAAUCCACCGUACGUGCCAACAGGUAUGACCGAGCUUAUGGAUACUCAGAAUCAAAGGGAUAUAGGUGGUGCUUGGGCUGGUGGACAGGACGGUAUGAUCAUUACGGAUGUGAUAUUAGAUCAAUUACCUGAAUUGCUCUCGCCCAUAGGAAAGAUGUACCUUGUCACUGUCAUUCAGAAUAAACCUUUGGAGAUCAUGCGUAAAAUGGAAUCGAAUGGUUUGGUAUGUAAGGAAAUCAUCAAACGUCGUGCAGGUCGUGAACUCCUAUCCGUCCUGAGGAUAUCCCGUACAUGA